AUGUUAAAGUCAACGACUCCCUCAAGGACGCCCAUCUACAGCAGUGCCCCUUUGAGUAACUCUCAUUCACCAUCCCCAAGUCUGGACAAUGCCUCCCAGGCCAUCGCUGCAGCCACAGGAGUAGCCUCCUGGGACACGCUACGCAAGGAGGUCCGCCAGAUCGAGUCGGAAAUCGAAUCGAAACUCACCGCACUCUCCAAGCUUGCCGUCCGGAACAGUUCAGCAUCAGCGCCACCACAAGCAUCAGCUGCAGGAGUCCCUGGUGCCGGUGCUGCUGCUGCCAACGGAGAAGACCUGGAGACCAAUAUCGAGGAGCUCCUAGAAAAGCUGAGCCGGACAGUUGAUGCCAUGUCAGGACACCUCGACAACCAGACACAGACAAAUGGCCAGGCGCCGUUGUCAAUGACCCAUCUUCUCCAAAAGCACCGCGACAUCUUGCACGACUACACCAAAGAAUACAGGAAGACACGUCAGAAUGUGCGAGCAGCAAGAGAUCAUGCUCAGCUGCUGACCUCUGUCCGCGACGAUAUCAACUCAUUCAAGAACGGCGAUAUGUCUGCCUCUGACUAUCUCUUGAACGAACGGUCUCGGAUCGACGGAAGCCACAACCUUGCAGACAGUGCGCUCGAACAAGCAUAUGCGACGAGGGACGACCUUGACAGACAGCGGUCUACACUGCUUAGCGUCAAUCAGCGGAUCAACAACGUGGCGACACAGCUGCCUAGCGUCGGACAAUUGAUUGGCAAGAUCCAGUCGCGGAAGAACAGGGACAAUGUCAUUCUGUCCUGCGUGAUCGGCUCCUGCGUCGUCGGAGUCCUUUACUUUGUCAUGUAG